CGCAGGCAUGGAUAAUGAACCUACCAUACAUGUGCAGGAUAAGCUUCAGUUUGAUACGUCGGCCUUGCUGAUCAUUCGAUGACUGGAUUAGAAGAUUUGCCAAAAUUAAUAUAUAUGAUAAAGAUUGUGGAUCCAUUACCUGUUUAGUUAAUUCAUUAUAGCAUCUGUAUAUGUACAGAAAUGUUAUGACGCAUUAUUUAUUUUUAACUGUAUUUCUUAUAUAUACAAAAAAAGGCAAAUAUUAUGCACAUAUUUCUCGUGGAUCUCUUAAUUGUCUACUUCCUCAAGGAGAAACGGAGAAGUUAAAGGAAACAGAGAGAAACCUGAAGGAACGAAGAAAGAUGGCUUUCGGCUAUGCUCAUUAUUCUUGGAGCAUCUUACUCUAUCUUCUUCUUCUGAUAUUGUACUCUAAUGGCAUUGAGUCCACGGAGAUGAUAAAAGAACCAGGAAAGGCUGAUGAUAGUCUUCAUCAGCACCGUGAGAUGAAUGUUUUAAGACUCCAUAGCAUGGAUGAUGAUGAUGAUGCUGAUAUAAUGAUGCCCACAGAUCAUGUUCAUGCUCAUGCUCAUCCAUCAUCACACUUGGACCCUCAACUGAUGGUUUUCUUCUUGGUUGAAGACUUAAGGGUUGGAAACACAUUGCCCAUUUUCUUCCCCAAAAGGAACCCUUCUUCUGCCAAACUCCUACCCAAAGAACUAGCCGACUCCAUUCCUUUCUCGCUUGACGAGCUUCCAAACCUUCUUCAGACCUUCUCCUUCUCUAGAGGCUCUCCACAGGCCAUGGCCAUGGAAGCCACGCUUCGAGCUUGCGAGACAAAGCCCAUCAAAGGCGAGAUCAAGAUCUGCGCCACAUCCUUCGGGUCCAUGCUUGAUUUCGUGCGAGAAAUCUUCGGGUUAGAAGUCCAAUUCAAGGCGCUAUCCACUACCCACCUCACAAAAUCAGCCACCACCCUUCUGCAGACAUACACAAUCUUGGAGGUCUCCCAAGAGAUAUCACAUGAUAAGAUGGUGGCAUGCCACAUCAUGGCUUAUCCUUAUGCAGUUUUCUACUGUCACUACCAAGAGAGUACUGAAAGCAAGGUGUUCAGGGUUUUAGUGGAGGGUGAAAAUGGAGACAGAGCGGAAGCUGUGGCUGUUUGCCAUAUGGAUACAUCUCAGUGGAGCCCUAAUCAUGUCUCCUUCAAGGUGCUUGGGAUUGAGCCCGGUUCUUCCGCAAUUUGCCACUUCUUCCCUGCAGAUAAUCUUGUAUGGAUCUCAAUCCCUACUUAAUUAAUUUGAUCUAACCAUAAUUACGAAGCUCUCCUAUGUUUUUCGUUUAGUACUCUGUAAUUUCAUAUAUGGGCUGUAAGUAUUUAAGUUUGCUUGCAUGGACCGGCUGAUAGUAUAAACAUUUUGGUUUUUAUAUAUUUUAUAGUUUAUUCUA